AUCCAUUCUCAGUUCAUCGUAAAAUUCAUAAGCAGGGUUUGGAAGGCACUGCCUGCAACUGUGAGAGAACUCCAGCCUAACGUGCAAAACCGUUGAAAUUUAAGAGUUUUCCCGUGCCUGAAAGGAAUUUUGGACGUGCAUCUAAAUUCUUCGUUUGUUUUCAUUUCGCCUAAUCCAAUCUUUGCUCCUUUUCAGCAGUCUCAUCGCAACAGAAGAUACACUGGAACACGGUUGUUGAGGUGAUACAAGGCCUGGCUUGACGUGUGUGACGAGGAGCGUAGGAGACAUAUCGCCAUGGCAUUCAGGGUGCGUCCAGCGACCACCAUAGCUGUCAUACUUGCAAUAUCGUUGGCAUUCCAGAUCAUCGCCUUGGUAUCAGUACCAGUGACGGAUACAAUAUGGCUCAGCGAGUCAGGGGGAAUCAAAUUCGGAGUGUUUGGGAUGUGUACCGACUCAGGAUGCUCGUCUGCUGGUAUUGGAUAUAGUACUGAUACCAUCCAGGAUGUUGAUAGCUUCUCACUGCCGUCGAAUGCGAGACAUUCAGUCUCGAAACUGCUAGUGGUACAUCCUAUAGCUGCAGGGUUCACAUUCAUCCUUUUUGUCUUUACAAUAGCACUCCAUUGGCAUGGACCGGCUUCUUCACUCAAGCUGUUGUUCUUUGUACUGAUAUGGUCGAUUCCGUGCUUCUUGCUAACGCUGCUUUCCUUCCUUGUUGAUCUUUUGCUAUUUGUACCGCAUUUGAACUGGGCUGGCUGGCUCAUACUCGCUGCAACUGUGCUAAUUGCAAUAUCCAGUAUUCUGAUCUGUUUGCUGAGAAGAACAGCAUCUUCUAGGAGAUCGGCCUCUAAGUAUAACAACGUGAAUAGCGGUGCUGAGUACCAACUUGCUCCUUUGAAAUAUGGCUACGGAACUGUUGACGGUGGAUCAGCCUACAAGUUCAGCACCUCAUCGAACCAGAACGAUGAUGACGAUGACGAAAGAGCCCUCUUCCUGAAGAACGACGUUUCCACGAAUUACGACAAUACGAGAAACUACGACGACUUGGAUGAUGUUGCACAGACUGAGAUUUACGAUACUAUGAGAGGGAACGCUCAAAGUGCAACGAGUAACAACACUUACAGAUCAAAUGACAUUCUUGCACCUCUGGAAACUGCUUAUAAAGGUGGUUAUGACUCUCCCCUGCAGGCUCACAUGAACGACUCGGUGAUUAUGAAUCAGUCUAGUAGUACAGAGCCAGUAACGGCACCUUAUCCUUCAGGAAUACCAGCAGUUGAGUUCUCUGAACUUCCAUCAGCUCAAAGGGCUCCUUACCCACAAGAUGAUCUAUUCACAACAACAUCAUCAACAACGAGGUUGACUGGUCCAAGGCCAAUGCCGUCGUCGACUUCACCUCCAAAUAUAACAACACAGAUAACCACGGCGACCCCACCGGCUCCUACAGAAUUGCAGCAGAGAUCAACUACAUAUGGUGGACCAGGUUGGACAUUUCAAGAAAGCGACCCAGUGGAGCCAACUGCUCCUCCACUUGUCGUCAAUGGUUCUGAAUCGCAGAAAGAUCUUUUGGCACCAUUGUCAGAUGUUACUAGGGAACCAACGUAUAGAACAAGAAUCGCCCAGACGUUAAACGCACUUCAACCAGAAGAUACAUAUUCGACGGAUAGUUUGGGAGAAAGUUCAGAAGAUCUUCUGGGGAGACAUAAGGACGAUGAAUUCUCUCAUGGAGAAGAACAAGAGGUUGUCAAGUCUCAACACCCAUUGGCUCUACAGAUUGCGGAUGAUUCCUCAUCCACAUACUCUUCAAGAAUUCCUUCAAAUAACCCAACACCAACAAAUACGGGCUUCCCACGUCGUCAACUAUCUCUUCUACAAAGAUCUCGUAUCCCAGAGAAUGCAUCUGCCGGUGUGGCGGAGGGGCAUUUCCCAUCAACGUUCUAUUCUCCUUCUGUUGACUCACCUUCGGAGUAUUCAUAUGAUAACUAUCCAUUACCUGAUCCAAAUGAUCGUCGCUCAACACCGGCACCUUCAUUCACCAAUGAGUCACUAGGCUCGUCAAAUUUCACCUCAGUUUCACAGCGUGGUAUCAACCCGGAGUACCUAAAGCUACAUCCAGAGGAAUUACAGAGACAGAUGUUUGGACGUGCUAAGAGCAUUCAGGAUCAGAACCAAAAAUCUACAACAGCAGACCUUUUGAUAGCUUCAAAUCCAGAUUUUUCAGUUACUGGUUCACCAAAGAAAAAGAAGAUCAACAGAAACUUUUGAUUUCAGUAUUUAUGACGGUUAUGUACAGAGUAAUAUCAGUUCUUUGCAAUAUUCAUGUGUUCAAAUCUCCUCUAAUGCCUUGAUAAAAUCACGUCUAGAUUGUAAAUCACGACCAGGGAAAGAGUUCUCAACCACGUCAAUGUUCUUCAUUUUGUAUGAAUUGACCUUUUUCUUCAAGCUUUCUACCUCCGUGGGUGUCAAUUCAACUUGUGAUAACAGUUGUCUCGGUAAUAUGAACAAUCCACAGUUAACUUGAUCAAAUAAGAUCAGCUUCUUGGUGUUUAUGGAUAUGUUUUCAAUGUGGGUUUGUAGGCGAUGAAUGAUGGACAUUUUUAAACUGGCAUCUGAUAAUCUCACUGAUUUUGAGGCGAACAACUUCUUAGCGACAGUGGCUUCCAGUUCUUGGAACACUU